UAAUGUGAUAUGUCUUCAUCAAAUUUGGACAUGUGACUUCAACUAACCAAUCAAUUUACAGAACAGCCAUAUUGCCUAAAAGUUACUUCCUGUUAAAAACUCCUCCAAAAUAAUUUACAAAUGUGCUAAAAGAAUACUCCAAUCAUGAUCUUGUUAGAAAUAAAUAACCGUAUUAUAGAAGAAACAUUGACUUUAAAGUUUACAAAUGCAUUAGCAGGAAACAAGCCAGAUGUCGUUGAUGUGACAGUUGCUGAUUUUGAUGGUGUUCUUUACCACGUGUCACAAGUAAAUGAUGACAGAUCUAAAAUAAGAGUGAGCAUAUCACUAAAAUUCUACAAAGAUCUUCAGGAACAUGGUGCAGAUGAGCUCAUACAGAGAGAAUAUGGACCUGUACUAACAGACACAGAGGAUGGCUACAACGUGUCACUGCUGUUUGACCUUGAAAAUGUUCCACCAAACUGGGAAGAAUGGGUGAAGAAAGCUGGCCUUUUAAAAAGAAAUUGUUUCGCUUCAGUUUUUGAAAAAUAUUUUGAGUUCCAAAGGCAGGGUUCUCUCGGCCACAAGAAAGCUGUAAUUCACUAUAGGGAUGAUGAAACUAUGUAUGUUGAUGCCCAGAAAGACCGUGUUACUGUUGUAUUUAGUACUGUUUUCAAAGAUGACGAUGAUAUCAUCAUAGGAAAAGUAUUCCUUCAGGAAUUCAAGGAAGGUAGGAGGAAGUUUCAGCAAGCCCCACAGGUGCUUUUCUCCCACAAAGAGCCACCCAGUGAACUUAAAGGCACAGAUGCUGCUGUCGGGGACAAUAUUGGAUACAUUACUUUUGUGCUAUUUCCACGACACAUCACCGACGAGUCAAAAGACAACACAAUUAACCUGAUCCACACUCUUAGAGAUUACCUGCAUUAUCAUAUAAAAUGUUCCAAGGCUUAUAUUCACAGUAGAAUGAGAGCGAAAACUGUAGAUUUCCUUAAAGUGCUCAACCGAGCUCGACCAGAGCAAAAAACUACAGAGAAGAAAACCAUUUCAGGAAAGACAUUUGUGCGAAAAGAUUGAAGUGUUCCAAUAAUUAUGAACUUAACAAUAACAUUGUAAAUAAUGGAGGAGGUUCGAGAACUGGAAGUAUGAUAAAUCACAAGCUUAUAUUACUACUAUAAAACCCAUAGAGCCGAAGGAAGUUCUUCUCAAAUCUGACACUGACCUAUGUCAUACUGGUACAUUGAAUAUUUGAGACAUGAUGAUCUUUUAGAGGGAAAUAUGAAAUGUUUCCUGGCCAGAUACUAAAUAUUCUAAAAAUGUUAAAACACAUAGUAAUUUUAUUCAGAAAUAUGUUGCGGAAAUUAUUACUUCAACAAGGCAACCCUAACUCCACUGGGCCAUGUGUUGAAUCCUAUGUUGUGGUCAUAAAUUGCUGACUUCUUGUAAUUCAGGAAAAAAUAUCCAAUUCAAACAUUAACAUGCAUUAACAAACUACAAUGGGUCAGGGGGAGAGUGCACAUCAGUUAAAUUUAAAAAUUAAAUUAGGUAAGCAUUUUACAAUUGUGAGACACCGAGACAUUCAGUGUCAGUUUAUCCAGCAUACAUAUUUGAUGAUAUUUGUUAAUUAAUGAUCACAUA